AAUUUUAAAUCGUCAUCUCCAACAAACAAAAAAUGGGGAUCGUCACUUUACUUUUUUCCUGCUUUGGUUUUCUUGAUGUUACAAGUGCAAUGAUCGGACAAAUUACACAAGGAGCAAGUGCACAUGGAGCAAUUGCACAAGGAACAAAUGCAACACCGCCGCAUUUAGUUGAAGGUUUCUUUUUCCCAGAGCGUAACCGUGUUUUUGUACAAAACAGACAUGGCAAGGUUUUUCGCGGAUUGCUUACAUACAUCCGAGGCCGUCCAAUUCCUCCUUGGGUUGAGGAUCCCACACAAAUAAAUGAAGGGGAAGUAAAAGUUUAUAUACUCAUGCCAAAUUCCGACAAAUUAGUGGCUACAAUAAACGAAAUCCAACAAACUUUGGAUAUUAAUGAUCCAAUUUAUGGAAUAACCCGCUGCUUUAUAUUAUAUGGAGAUAACAUUAUUUUGGAAGCAGUUCUCAGCGUCAAAGAGCUUCCGCGGAAAAAGAGUAAUAUACCGCGCGUUGCAGUGCGAGUGCCAGAAGUAACUGAGAAAGGUGAAUCUAUAUUGAUUCGUCAAUUUGGAGAGUUUCAGCCUUUCGGUGGGUAUCGUCCUCAAUGGCUUAAAUAUUAA